AUGUCUAAGGAUACGAAAUUUUUUACGAGACCAAAAGUAAGAUUUUGUCAACCGGAUACUGGUAAAUCGAUAACAAAAGAAUUAAAAAGCUUGACUGAUCAAAAUGGUAUUAAGGAUAAGCCGAAAAUCCUAAGUGUCGUAAGACUAGAUAAACCUGUUAAAUUAGUGAAAUCGAAUGAAAUAUCUGGCAAUCAGGAAAAUAAAAGUUCAAAGCUUGUUGAUAAUGCAUCAAACUUCACAUUACAUGCUAAUGCAUCUCCUUGUUCAAUUGGAACUUCGUCCUCUUUGGAUAAAAACACUAUCAAGACAGAAAAUCAGAAUCCUUUAAAUGAUGCUAACAACAGUCAGAAUAUUAAAGCAAAUAUUAAAGAAGUUAAUAUUCCCAAAAUUUCUAUUAAACUUCCAAACAAUGACAUAACAGUUUCUACAGAUUCUCCCAUUGCACAAAGUGAAAGUUUAGACAAGACACUUAAAUCAAAAAAUUCUGAUAAAAUUAAUGGUUCAAAGAAAGAGUACACUAAAGGUAGAAGAGAAAAAGAAAAUAAAUCAACAGUUGUUAAAAAAAAUAUUAAAACUGUAACUACAAAAUCCACAGAUUUAGACAUUUUAAAACAUAAGAAUCGACUUUCUUCUGCUGGCACUGGUACAAAAAAGUUAAAUGUCACACAGAAGACAUCUAGUUCAAUUACAAUAAAAAAGAAUCUAAAUUCAAAACUUCGUGAUAUUAUGCCAUGUUAUAAAUACAGUAAAGUUGUAAGAGAUAUAAUUGGUCCUAAAAUACAACCAUACAUAGGUCCAGGAGUAUCACACAGUCAGCCAGAUGAUUUAGCAAUUUUAGAAACAGAUGAAAACAUUCAUACAAAGCCAAUUAUUUCUGGAGAAAAAUUGGCAAAACCAGAAUAUAAUUCUAUUAUGUGUACAAUUAAUAAAUUAAAUAAAAUGAAGAAACAAAAAGUUAUAACUAAUAUUGAACAUUUACCAGCUUCAUAUAAAUAUCUUAUAAAUGGAAAGGUUUCUACUGCUUUAGAUUUCCCUCUUGAUGAAGCAGUUUACAAAGAUUUGGUAGACUUAUCCAUAGAUGAAAAUCAAUUGCCAAGCAGAUUAACUCGUAGUAAAGAUCCAGAGCCAAGACAAAAAGAUGUUGUGCCAAUACUCUCUGACUUUUUUACACCUGUAUCUACUGAGGAAUAUUGUACUCCUGUUUCUAUAAAACCACGAAUUCCAGAAACUGUAGACAGUUGGAAUGCCUUCAGAAUAAGUGAUCAAAUAAGUGAAUGGAAACACAUUUUAAAUCAUGUAUAACUGGACUAGUAUUUUUAUAUUAUGCAUAACUUAUUUGUUAAUUGCUAUUUGGAAACUACUUUGGUAAAUGUAUCUUUUUGUAAAAUGUAAAGUAUUUUUUAUAAAACUCAUCGAAUGAGAUUCUUUAACAGACAUUUUGUAAAAUAUAUAUGUUGAAAUUAAAAAAAAAUAAUAAAUGAA